AUGGAAGAUCCGUUUCCCAGUCUCACCAGUGACCCGUUUCCGGCGCCUGUGCCUGCGGCACAGACCACGCGCGCGCCAAAGAAGGUGGAGACGCAGCCCGACGUGUCCUCGGAGGAUGCAUUCCCCUCGCUCAACACGCUUUCCACGGGCUCGUCCAGCAAGCAGGCCGGGUCUGCGUGGGUAAGCAGUGUGCCUGUGAUUCAGCGUGUGACGCACCAGGCAACCGUGGCGCUAAAUCUGGGCGAGGAGCAGCUUGCCCGCUUGGGACAGGGCCUGCAGCGUGUGCAGCAAAAGCACCGCAGUGUGAAGGUCGAAGCUAGCAGCACCCGCAAGACUGGCAAUACGACAUUUAUCAUCAAGGGCCCGACGGACCAGGUCGUGCAGCAGGUGAAGCGUGAGCUCACUGCUCUAUUUGCGCGCAAGGUGUCCAUCUCUGUCCUUGUUCCGGCCUCGCUGCGUGCCUAUGUGAUUGGUGCUGGGGGGAAGAACGUGAAGUCGAUCACAGAAGAGACUGGCGUGAAGAUCAACAUACCGCCGCGGUCCAAUCAGGAAGCUACUGUUUCCAGCGAGGGUCCACUGCUCGACGAGCAAGUCGAGGUGACGAUUGAGGGCGACCAAGUCAAUGCGCUCCAGGCGCAGCGGAUGAUAGAGGCGAUUGUCGCCGAGCGUACCUCAAAGGUCACGCAGCGCCUCGCGGACAUUGAUCACAUGUACUACCCGUUCAUUGCCGGUACGCGCAAUGCAAACCUAGACUUGCUCGUCGCUGGUCCCGGCCGCGGCGAGGUGGUUGUGAAUAUUCCUCCGCGCGGUGCGCUUCUUGCACGCAACAAUCCGGAUGACCCAGAACCAAGCCGACAGCGCGAUCCUGCGAUCGUAAUCAGCGGAGAUCGCGAGGCUGUGGCUGAUGUCGUGGGCGCGAUCCAAGCACACGUCGUGGACAUGAAGAACAAGUUCCGCACGCUGAUGAUCAAUAUCCCCAAGCGGCAACACCAGUUCCUCACCGGCGACAAUGCUGCGGAUAUCCUCGCCACGUCGCAGUGCUUUGUCGAGCUCCCGCCGAUUGCCGAUCCCUCCGACAGCGUUACGAUCCGCGGCCCCCAGCAGCAACUCCCAAAUGCACUGACUGCGGUGAUCGAGAAGGCCAACUCUGUCCAUGUCCAGGUGGUCGAUUUGCCGGCGCUGCACGCCGCCGGCGACGCACACGCGCGCCAGCUUGCCCAGUGGCUCCAGCCGCGCAUCUCGCGCGACCCAAAUGUGCAAGUUUACUUUCCCCGCGCCGGCGCUCCGCCUGUCGUUGAGAUCGUGGGCAAGGAUGCGGGGGCGGUGCAGCAGAUGCGCGCGAGUGUCGAGGAUAUGGCGCGCUCAGUAGACCCAAGCUGUAUGCGCGUCGUCGACAUCGAUCCCCUUGCGCACGGCUUUAUCAUUGGCAAAAAAGGCCAGGGCCUCAAGGCGUUUGAGUCGCGCGGCGUCGACAUUCUUGUCCCCCCCGAGAACUCGGGCCGCUCCGACAUUCUUCUUGUCCUGGGCCGCCCCGCCGCUUUGCCGUCCGACGCGGCGGCAAAGGCGGCGGCCGCCACCAAGCUUUUUGACGAGGCCGAGCAAGAGCUCAAGCAAAGCCUUGCCACUGCCGCCGAUAUGCGCACCAUGCAGAUCGAAGUGCCUGCCAAGUAUCACCGCGCGAUUGUGGGGCACGACGGCACUGUGCUGAACGCCAUCAUCGGCGAAGACCGGCUCAUGAUUGUGAUGGGCACGAGCCGCGACGUGCGCAACAAACAGUACACUGCCAAGCCGCUCACCGAAGAUGCCAUUCUCGUCCGCGGCUCGAGCGAGGCUGUGGAACGUGCCGUCGACAAGAUCCGCGCCAUUGCCAAGGAUGCUGAACAAGACAGCAUUGCGCAUGGCCACGUCGAAGAGCUGCUUGUCCCUUCGUCGCACGUCCCCCAUCUUAUUGGCCGUGGUGGAGCGGGCCUGAUCAAGCUGCGCGAGGAGCUGGGCGUCAAGAUCGACGUGGCAGACCAGGACGAGAAGACACGCCGCGCUCCAAUCCCCAUCACGAUUACCGGCCGCAAGGAAUGCGUACUCGAAGCCAAGAACCGCCUCGCCGAGCAGUCGCAGCGCCUCGCCGACGAAGUUUCUGUUGCGCUCCAGGUCCCGUACGCGCUCUAUGGCGCGCUCAUCGGGCAGCGCGGCAAGUACGUCACGCGGCUACAGGACAAGUACGAGGUGCGCAUCAAUUUUGGCGAUGUCCCUCUUGACGCACAAGCCCAGGACCAGCCCGGCGAAGUGACGAUUCGCGGCGCAAAGAAAGGUGUUGCCGAGGCCAAGGCCGAGCUACUGGAGCUGCUUGAUUAUGAGAAAAACCACAACAAUGGCGCACAGCUCAGCGUGCCUUCCAAGGCAUUUGCACGCGUUCUUGGCCGGGGCGGCGCGACGAUUAACCAAAUUCGCACCGAUACUGGCGCCCAGGUAGAUUUAGAGCGCCGCGGAAACGCAGACGGCCUCGUCCGUAUCCGCGGCACGUCUGACGCUGUUGAGCGCGCCAAGAGCGCUAUCGAGGAGAUUAUUGCGCGCGUCGAGUCCGAAGCCACGCAUGUCCUCGCCAUUCCUGCGCGCUUCCACGGCGCCUUGAUUGGCAGUGGCGGCCAGAAUCUGCGCGAGCUGCUCGUGCGUGCAGGCGGCCCCACGGACGCCAAGUCCCAGUCGCAGUGCGUGCGUUUCCCGCGCAGCGGUCAGCCCUCGGACGAGGUGAGUGUGUGCGCGCACAAAGAACUCGCAGCGCGCAUUGCCCUAGAGCUCGAGGCGGAGUGCAAGCGCCUCGAGGACCGCGUCAUGUUAGGCGCCAUCGUGCCGCCGAACAUGCACCGGCAAAUGAUCAUGCGUGGCGGCACGCGCCAGAGCGAGUGGCAGACCAAGCACAAUGUUGCGGUCGUUGUGCCCAACUGGCGCGAAUAUGCAGAUCUCGGCGUGCCCGCCAACCUCGCCGAUUUGGGCGAGGCCGAGGCUGCAACGAUAGUUAAGGUGCACGGACCUUGCGAUGCUGCUAAGAGCAUUGUAGAGGAAAUCAAUGCCGCGGUUCACGCCGACGCCGCGCGAAAAAAGACGCGCGCGCCUCGUAUCGACAGUUAG